GGUAAUUGCCUCGCAAUUAUGCUCAGAACUCCGCCCUUUGGUGAAAUGACAGAUCCUUGAUAUCGUGUGAUUCAAGAAUUGGCUUCAUCUUUCGGGCUCUGUAUAGCGCGUGCUAUCAGUAUGUCUGCGGACAGAAAGCGGCCGGUGACGUAUGGGAAAUCGCCUUCGCAUCGACCUGAACCCAUUCUGCGGGGUUUAGGGGAUACCUCCACAAGAUCUCCUAAAUCUCGUACUUCGCCCAGUGAUGGAUUCACAGCAUUUUCCUCACCAGAGUCAUCGAUCAGAUCGCCUCAACACUCACCUCUAUCGGAAAACUCAACUAGUUCUUCCCCUAGCAAACGAGAAAAUGAGCGCAGUGUCAUGCAGCGAAAGCGGAGGAAGUUGACAAAUGAAGAGACGUGCCGAGAUCGUACACAGAGUCAAAUCAACUCGGAAGCGUCCGCAGACAUCAACCUGUGCGGCAAUGAAGACAUUCUCCUGGAGAUAUCCCACCGUGACGACAAUCAAUCUUCAUCUUCAUACUGGCGCUCUGUUCCCCGACAGAAGCACAAAUCUGAGCCUAUAGGACGCGAGCAUGAAGGAGACAAUGCCCAGAGUGUAUCUCAGAAGGAUGAUCCGACUUGCACACGGAAACGGUUAGUCGACUCACUGGGCACCACAGGUAAUGACGGCGCAGUUAUUAUUCCGAUUUCAGAUGCUGUUCCUAAGUCGGCGCAUUCUUCCCAGGUUAAUGUCUCUAAUGAAGCGGAGUUAGUCUCUACACGUCCGGGUUCAACCAGGGAAUCAGUUAAAAUAGUGACUCGUGAUCCUGGGCGUUUACAAAACUUAACGGGCCCCAAACCUCCCAUAUCCCGAUCUUCGAGAUUUACGUAUUCGCGACAGCGCUCGUUCUUGAAUGACCCACUCAGCUUGACUGACUCCGAGCCACUUGGUAUAGGAAGCUCCUACUACUUUGAUACGGAAAAAGAACUGCGUAGUGCGCAUGUUUCGCGCAUACCUCCCGCAGAAGAUGAUACACAUGAUAUGAAACCUGUUCGGAGUAUUCACGAGCUUCGACAGGCCGGUGACAACGCCCGAUUCCGAGAAGUCGUUGACUCACUCUUCGAGGACAUUGAGGAUGCACAUACUACAUCAUCGGGGAGGUGCCGUGGGCUUGCUGAGUUAUGCGCAAAGCUCCUGGACUCCGAGUUCGUCUAUCGUUUCUCUGAGCAAGGCUUUGACGAACGUUUGGUCAACUGCACACCAAAAAGCCUCGACAUAGUAUCCGCCUCGCUUGUGCUCAGUGCUUACAAACUCAUAAUAAUUGGAGGUCAUGCUUCUUGUAUAUUUUCAGAAGCCGUAUGGGCAAAGAUCCUCGAACUCUUACCUCAAUUCCUAGACAUGGAUGCCGACCUCAACACUUUAGCGCGAGAGCCUUCAAUCGGCCUAUCAAGAACAGCGCAAGCUUCAGUCAGAGGUAUUCGGAGUCAUCUGCUACCUGUCAUAGGUGCACCUUCGCCAUACCUGUCCCCUCAAUUAUUAGCAGUCGACUGCACCGAAUCAUCCUUAAAAGUUCUUCGACAGAGCAGUCACACUAUCUGCUCUAUUCCUGCCUCCCUGUUAAAUAGGCUUGUUGACUUUUUGAUAGCGAAGGCUUCUGCGAACAUGAAUGGUCAUACACUGGCAAAUGAAACUCACUUUUUGCUGGCAUUAUUCUCAAUUCUUGAGAAUUACUCUGUGAUAUCUGAGCCUUUUGACCGUGAUCACCGCCUAUGUUUCCAACGCCUUUCUCAGCUUCACGGUCUCUUAUUCCUGGAUCAUUAUGAUCGCUCCCGUCAGGUUUCAAUGUCCUACGUUCGGGUGAUAUUGAAUCUUACUAACAGGGAGCCAACACUCUGCGCCAGCUUUGCGUCCCAAGAACUUGUUUCUGGACUUGCUAAAAUUGUUGUUGGUAAUUUUAGCAAUGUUUCCAACCGCUCUCUUGUUCAGGAGGGCGACUCUCUGAAUGAAGUCAUCUUGGCUCUGGGCACUCUCAUAAAUCUAUCAGAGAAGACUGAGCAGGCCAGAGCUAUACUCGUACAUGCCGAUGGCAGUGCGGUUCCCAUAUUUCACCAGCUGUUAGAACAGUUUUCUAGUAGUAUAAAUGCUAUGGACCAGGUAAGAAAUAUGCUCUUUUUGAUCAUUCUUGUCUGA